AUGACACAAUCUCCAUCACAACAACCUUAUGUACCUGACAUGACUGAUGAUGAUGUUGAACUAUUGAAACGAUUGGAAGAAGCAAAUCGACGAAUUGAAUAUGAUUUAAAGUCGCCUGUUAAUUCUGUGCCGGUUACUCUAGUAAAUUCACGUUCACCUGAAUUACAUCAUAAACAAUUACGGCAAGAUUCAGUUUCAAGCGAUUUAAGCAAUCUAACUACUGACAGUGAUGGUAAUCUUGAAAAUGAAUGGGUUCUAUGGAAUAAAAUAAUUAAUAAUUGGUCAGCGUAUAGUAGAAAAAAAUCUCAAUGGGUUAAAGAUAUGAUUCGAGCCGGUGUUCCCGUACAUUUUCGGCCAUUAGUUUGGCAAUGUUUAGCUAAAGUUGAGACAUCAAAUGCUAAAGAAAAAUAUAUUGAUUAUAUGAAAAUGACAUCGUCAUGUGAAAAAGUUAUUCGAAGAGAUAUUUCACGAACAUAUCCUGAACAUGAGCUUUUCAAAGAAAAACAUGGUGUUGGCCAAGAAAGAUUAUUCAAUGUGAUUAAGGCAUAUUCAUUGUUCGAUCGAGAAGUUGGCUAUUGUCAAGGCAUUGGCUUUAUUGUUGGACUAUUACUUAUGCAUAUGCCUGAAGAAGAGGCUUUUGCAGUACUUGUAUCUAUUAUGCAAGAUUUUUCCAUGCGUGAUAUGUAUAAACCAGAUAUGUAUUCGUUAGGUCUUUGUAUAUAUCAACUAGAAUGUAUGGUUCAAGAGUUUUUACCUGAAUUAUAUCGACAUUUACAAGCUGAAAAUUUCAAUACAUCAGUCUAUGCUUCAAGUUGGUUUUUAACAUUAUUUACAACUCAGUUUACUGUUAAUGUUGCUGCUCAUAUGAUGGAUUUGUUUCUGAAUGAGGGCAUAGAAAUUAUUUUUCGUAUGGCUAUCGCUUUACUUGAAAUUCAUCAAGAGGAAUUAAUGCUUUUAUCAAUGGAAGAUAUGCUAAAGUAUUUUCAAAAAGAAGUGCCCGUCAAACAUGAACAUGACCAUGAAACUUUAUUUCAACGCGCUUUUUCUGUGCAAUAUAAUGGCAAGAAAAUGAAAAAACUAGAAAAAGAAUACGUCGUUAUUCGUAAAGAAGAGCAAGAAGAACAAAUUGAAAUACGUAGAUUAAGAAAUGAAAAUCGUCUAUUAAAACAACGCGUUGAAAAUUUAGAAAAAGAAAGUGCAACGUUAGCCAAUCGUUUAAUUGAAGGUCAGGUAUUGAAUGCUCAACAUGCUGAAGAAUCUUAUCAAUUAAAACGUGAAAAUUAUACUCUAAAAAAGCAAUUAGACGAAAUUCUUCAUCAAAAUAAUGAUAAAACUACAUCGUCGACUAAGACUGAAAAUUCAUCUGAUUUUUCAAACGUAUCCGAGGAUAAAGAAGAAUUAGAAAAUCUUCGCGAAACAAUUAAUCGAUUAACAAUGGAAAAUCGUAAUUUACAAACUACACCGCAUGUCGAAAUCGCUGCUUUACAAGAUGAAUUAAUUCUUGUUAAAAUGCGCGAUGCCGAAGCUCAAGUUAGUAUAAAUGAACUUCGUCAACGUAUAGCUGAUCUCAAUCAUGAAUGGCAAGCUCAUUGUAGUACAUGUCAAACUAUACGUGAAAAAAAUUAUUUAAAUGAAGCCAAUCCUAAUAAUGAUGCUUAUGAUUUAAUUGCUCAUGAAUUAUUGUCACUGAAAAUGCGUGAAGCUCAAUUUGAUUCUGAUAAUAAACUUCUUUCACAAAAAUUAAUGGAUUCCGAUACACAAAAACAUGUUUUACACAAUCAAAUAAAACGUCAAGACGAUGAAAUGCAACGUGUUCGUCUUGAAUUAGAACAAUCUCGGAUACGUGAGAACGAAUUACGUACACAAUUGAACGAAUUUAAAAAUCAAUUGUAUGAUAGAGAAAUGAGAAAAAAAGAAGAUUCAAUGAUGUUACGUAUUCGAGAAGUUGAAAGUACUCAAGCCAUUGGUGAUUUACGUCAAAGAAUAGCUGAAUUAGAAGUUGCAAAUCAAGAAUUAAUCACUCGAGGUCAAAUUAUGGAUGAAAAAGAUAUUCAAGAAAAACUUAUUGAACUUCAAGACGAGCUAAGACGUACACCCCUUAUUCGUAGUAGUUCAUUGCCUACAAGACGUGCGAGUGUCAUUUAUGCCAGUGCAUCAUGGCCAAAAAGUGAUACUAUUGAUGAAGAUUCUUUUGAUGAUUCAGAGUGA